UUUAGUAUUGUCAUUUAUAAAGAAGGGCUUAAUCAUAUAAAUAUAAUAAAUAUAAUUCAGUGAACCAGAGGGAGACGCUGUGUUUAUGCACAGAGAUUAUUAAUGUUACACAUCAAGCCAUUUAAACUGUUGUGUGUUUAAUAUUUUGACCUGCUCACGUUGUUUUUCUGGGAUUUUAUUGUUGAAUGCAGAGGUGUUUUUUUUUACUGCAUGUUCAGUGCAAAUAUAUAAAUAAAUGUAAAAUCUCUGAGUAAAGGACUGAAGAGGAGAUUCCAAUGAUCAGUGAACAAAAACAAGCCAACACGUCAGAUAAACCGUGAUGAAGAUGAGGGAGGAGACUCUGAGGGGUUUGCUGACACGAUGAGUUCUCAUAUUUCCGACAGCAGUGAAAGCGUCAUUGGCUGCAGCGCUGCGGUCAGACGGACAGACAGGCAGACAGACAGACGCCACGGACACAUCAGACGGUGCAGCUCAGCUCUGUGGUCCCUGAUUCUUCCAUCAGAUUAAUAGACGGUAGAUUAACGGGUCGCCGGUAUGAACACGGAGGAGACCAACGUGGAUCUGAGGGAUGCUGAGACAAAGGAUGCUGAACCGAAGGAGGCGGCGGAUCCCGCUCCGGUCCCCUCGGAUGCUGAUGCGACGGAGGCCGAUGUGAGUGAGGCGGAUCUGGACCAGGAGGAGCAGGAGAGGAUACCGAUGACCGGAGGAGGAGGAGACCGGACCGAGGAGCCUCCGUCUGCCGGCGGAGAGGAGGCGGCGGCGGAGAAGAACGGCUCCGUGAAGCUGAAGAUCCCCGAUGAAGAGCAGGAGGAGGUGACAUUCACCGGGCUGAGCAAGGAGGAGCUGCUCAGGGUGGCCGGGACACCGGGCUGGGUGAGGACCCGCUGGGCGCUGCUGGUGGUGUUCUGGCUGGGCUGGUUGGGGAUGUUGGCUGGAGCCGUCCUCAUCAUCCUUCGGGCUCCUCGCUGCAGAGACCUGCCUGAAACCAACUGGUGGAACAACGGCCCGCUGUACCAGAUCGGGAGCAUCCAGGCCUUCACCGACACCCACGACCUGAAGGGUCUGGAGCAGAAGAUCAGCAGUCUGGCUCAGCUGAAGAUUAAAGGUCUGGUGGUCGGUCCGAUCCACGUCGCUCCAGCAGACGACGCCAUGAAUCUGAGGUUCGAGGAGAUUUCCUCUAAGGCCGGAAACCUGGAGCAGUUUAAAGGCCUCGUCCAGGCCGCUCAUAAGAAGGGUAUUUCUGUGGUUUUGGAUCUGACUCCAAACUACCAGGGAUCAUCUGGACCCUGGUUCUCCAACAUCAGUGUGACCAACGUGGCUGAGAGACUGAAGUCCGCUCUGGUGUUCUGGAUGAAUGAAGGCGUAGACGGCGUGCAGCUGUCGGGGGUGGAGCGUGUGGCCAGCGUGGUGCCGUCUCUGUGGACCGACAUUCGAGCCAUCGUCCAGAACGUGACGGAGGAGCGCCCCAACAGGAAGGUCUUGAUCGGCGUCACAGAACGUUCCUCAGCUGAAGACGUGUCCACCCUCCUCUCCUCCACCGGUGUCGACCUGCUGAUCUCUAGGGUCCUCUGCUCCGGCAGCCCGGACGCUGUGGAGCAUGCUCAGUCCAUCCAGCUCCUGUAUUCAUCCCACAGCCAGAGCAAGCUGGCCUGGAGCCUGGGGGGGCGGGCCGAGGGGCACCUGGCCUCGCUGGUGGGACCCGCUCUGGUCAAACUGCACCAGCUGCUGCUGCUCACACUGCCUGGGGCGCCUUUCAUCAACUACGGGGACGAGAUCGGCCUGAUGGACAAGGGCACCAAGUUUCCCAUGAUGCUUUGGGACUCUGACGAGCAGCUGAACGGGACACUGCAGGAGGAGCGGGCCGAGCGUCUGUCGUGUCGCAGUUUUUUCCGCAGUGUGAGUGAUCUUCGUGUUAAAGAGCGCUCCCUGCUGUUCGGAGACUUCUUCCUCCUCUCCAACUCCUCCUCCUCCCUGGCGUACCUGCGGGAGUGGGAUCAGAGCGAGCGUUACCUGGCCGCCUUCAACUGGGCGGACGAGGCGGCGACGCUGCAGCUGAGCGGCGCAGGGCUGCCUCAGCGAGCCACGGUCGCCUUCAGCACCAAUAGCAGCGCCCUGCCUGCAGACAGCAGCGUGGACCUGAUGGAGCUGCGGCUCGGCCCCGGGCAGGCCGCGCUCCUCAAGUUUCCCUACACUGGAUAGACCUCAGGUUAUUGUGAUGUUAUCACCAGACGAUUAAAGCUCCAUUCAGACUGGAGGAGGCGAGAUGUGUGACUUCUCUUUAUCGCUAAUGCCCGUCCAGAAUAAACGUCCAUAAAUCCAGUUAGAAAUCAUAGAAGAAGAAGCACCACAUUAACCCAGUGAGAGUCUUCUGUACAUUAGUGGGUACUCUGCAGACAGGAGCUGCUCUCUGGCUUCAGGCCUAAAGAAACAGAACCACAGUCUGAGCGGAGCUUCAGUGAAAUCAUCUGGUUAACAUGUUAAAUAAAUGUUUAUUCUCUCACGACAGCAGGUGUGUCAUGUUUACUGUAAGUGAUGAAUAUUAAUCUGACCAUGUGAUGAUGAUGAUGCAGCUGUCCUCUAUCGUGUGCAUUCUGUGAAAACAAAAUAAAAAAUGAAGGA